UAGCGAAUGUGCUUGAUUAGACACGUAUUUCCCAUGCUAUCUCGCGUUUGUCAUUACAAACUAUUUUGCCAAACAUUGGGCAUUUUCAAGCAAUUUUAUUUUGCAAUAUACAGCGCGCGAAACAUGCAAGGCCCUCGAAUUUGAAGGUCACAACUUGAGUUUUAUAGAUACAAUAAGUGAAAGUCCGCGUCAGUGAAGAAUGCUCACGAAAGUACCGUCGUCGGACGAAGACUUCUUCACCCACGAAUACUUCAUCUCCUCGUACAUGUCAGAUUCAGGGUCGUCUGACGAUUUCUCGCUCGACUCGCCAGCCUUCGAUGGUGACUUCUCUGAAUAUAUGUGGAUGGAAAAUGAGGAAGAGUUUGAGAAAGAGGUUAUGCAGAAGCUUGAAGAAGAGGAGUUGACUGAGCAGUGUUUGGAAGCAAUGCUUGAGGACGAGCGAGAAAUCAGAAACAUCAGGAAUGCCUUGGAGUCUUGCGUAUCUGUUCCUGCAGCUCUUCCGCAGCAACUGCAGUCUACUCGAGUGUCAGAUCCUCAUCUUGUCAGCAAGAGUUCUUUGAAUCCGGACGCGGCCGAGUUUGUUCCGACACAAACGUCAUCUUCAAAAAAGAGUCCCACGACCUAAUAUUCCUAGGCUAAGUAAUAAAUCUAAGACAAAAUUUCCUUUCUAACUCGAUGGUUACUAAAACCAAAAAAACUGGACUAACGUAAUUGCUAUGCAUAAUCCGCUACCAUUUAAAGUUUUGAAGCUGCUGUAUGACAGUCGAGGUUUAUCAAAUAAUCUCAACCACUCUGAGUGAACCAAAGAAAGCUCCAAGGUCCUAAAUUGCGUACGAAGGAGAGCGGGAAUGAGGCCAUAAUUAUAGCGCUAAUGUUUGUUGCAAAUCAAUUGAUGGUUGUGCUUUUUCUAACCUAAUCAAAUGAUGAUAAUAUGUAUACUUUCCUUGUACUUAAUACGCCCCAAUUGGCCCUUCAUGCGCUGGUGCAUCUCUUUCUAAGAUACAAAUAAUACGAAUCGAGAGAAUAUUGAAUUUCUGUGAUGCGCGAGAGUGAAUUUACAUUUCCAUUAUUUUAUUUGGAAAUCAAUUGAACUUGUUAGUCUUGUACAAAAUGAUGAGACAAACAAACAACAUGGUUUUUCUGUUGUUUUUACCUUAGAUUAAACAAGUGUACAAAUUCCUUUAAUGUGAUUCUGACCAAUAAUCUCAGUUGCAUAAUUAUGAUAAUUAAUUCAUGAUCUGAACAGUUAAGACAAGUAGUAUCUUUUUUUAUAUUAAAUGCAGAGCAAAUGAUAUUAUAUUAUAAUCCUAAGUCUUCAGCCAUUUCUUUGGUCUGGCUAAUUUCGGUUUGCACCGUGUACCACAAACCGCAAUGCACACUCACAGAAACAUAAUUUUUGGCACAGCAAUUUAUUGUCGCUUUCAUUAACAGCUUUGAAGUAUAAAAUAUAUAUUAAUUAGUUUGUUAGGUGUUAAGUACCUGUCGAUGUCUUGAUAUAUUGGAAAGGUCCAACGGAUGGGAAGUUAAAUUUGAUGUGUAAUAAUUUCUUGCUGUGGAAAGUGAGAAAAGGAGGAUAGUAGUUGUAAGCAGACUCUCUUUGUUAAAGUCGGGAGAGAAAAAUAUUGAAAAUACCAAAAAAUGUGAUCGUAACUGUAACUAUUUUCGUUUAACUGCUGUAGACCAAGACAUUAAAAAAGUAUAAAUUUUCA